UUUACCAGUUUACUGAAAUUCUGGAACAAACGGAGCUUUCAUGUGACUGGUCACACUGUGGCAAGAUGAAGCUUGUUAUUCAGUGUUGUGUUAUGUAAUGUGAGAGUAUCCUGAAGCAUGAAAUGCCACAGGAAUCCACUAGAUGUCAGUGGCUUACUGGAAGUUCUCCAAUCAAUUUAAUCUUCAUUCUGGUUACAUGAAUUCGCAGGGCUCCAGGCGUUCCAGUGAAAUCCAGUCCCAGAAAUCUUACCGAACACAGUUUACUGAAAUCAAGAUCCUAAGGUGGGUGUUUGUGGUGAAGAAGGGGUACCAGGAGAAAGAAGAGGCCAUCCAGAGCUCAGUCAUCACCAAGCUUAAAGGCGUCACUCUGACCAACACUUCUGAGACGGGGCCUUACCUGUGGAGUGCCGAGGACUAUGUCAUACCCCCAAAUGGUGAGCAGGUGUUCUUUGUUGUAACAAAUUACAUAGAGACCCCCAAUCAGAGGCUGGGCUUCUGUGCUGAGAGUUCCAAGGUGCCAGAUGGACGAUGCGAAACUGAUGAUGACUGCAUGGAGGGGGAGCCUGUAACAGCAGGUCAUGGAAUCAAGACUGGCUUGUGUUUAAACAGCACCGGGACCUGCGAGAUUCAUGCCUGGUGUCCCGUUGAAUACAACAAGAGACCCGCAGAGCCCUUACUGAGUGACGCAGAAAACUUCACCAUCUACAUCAAGAAUUUCAUCAGGUUCCCCAAGUUUGAGUUCUCCAAAGCCAAUGUCCUUGAAACUUCUGAUGAAAGCUACCUAAAGAGAUGUUUCUAUGAAAAAGAGAACCAUCCUUACUGCCCCAUCUUUCGCCUCAGAGAUCUCGUCAGCAGCGCUGGACAUGACUUCCAGGAAAUGGCUGUUAAGGGCGGCUCUGUUGGCAUUCUCAUUGAGUGGAACUGUGACCUGGAUAAAGACUAUUCUCUGUGUAAUCCACAGUACAGCUUCACCCGUUUGGACAUUAAUUUGAACAACUCAAUCACAUCUGGAUACAACUUCAGAUAUGCCAGAUACUAUAAGGAUCAAAAUGGGGAAACCUAUCGCACGUUGUAUAAAGUGUAUGGGAUUCGCUUUGAUAUAAUGAUCAAUGGUCAGGCCGGGAAAUUCAAUAUUGUCCCCACAGUAAUUGCCAUUGGCUCAGGUGUUGCUCUCCUCGGUGCAGGAGCCUUUGCCUGUGAUAUGAUAUUAUUGUACAUGAUGAACACGAGCUCCUUCUACCGAGAGAGGAAAUUUGAAAUCAUCAACUUCAAGAAAGAGAGGACCAAAGUUAAAGAUGAGAAAGCGGGCCAUCGGGAAAAGAGGUCCAGAAGACCAGGGGCAGAGAAAGGGGCUACAAAUUCCAUCAAAAAUCGAGGAGAAACUGAACCAACCGCAGGAUCUUCUGCAGAGAGCCAGCCACCUACAGAGAAAAGGGGUCCCACAAUUCCACGUAACACGGGACAGCGAUACUCUGCUCCACCCCAAGGCACCGAGACGAAGCAUCAUAUCACUUUCAUGGCUCACAAUUAGGUCUGCAGGCAGAGCAAGAUCACCUGUUUGUUUUCCUGCAUGAGGCGGAACCCGAAGGUGGGACUGACGUCCAUGUCUUACCUGCCGGCACAACUGCUAGCACGGUCACUAGCAUGAAUGAUGCCCUGACUGAAGAUGUGUUGAUCCAGGGGAAUGUAAAUGUUGUGCAAAGUGCAUGAGGUCAGGACAUCAAAGAAAGUAGCAGGGUCAGGAUUCAAAACAGAUUCAUUAACACUCAACUGGUAAUUAGCAGUGACAGUAAUUACAAUAUAUAGUAAUAAAAGUAAAAAAGUAGGCAUGAAAGUUUUUAAAAACUGCACUUAUAAGCAAUUCAUAAGAAAAUGUGUGGUCUUAAUUGUGUUUUUACAGCUCGACACAUGUAUUGUGUUGUUAAAAUGCACAAACAUAGGACACAGCUUUUACACAGUAUUCACUGGCGACACUGAAGAAUACAGCCUGACAUGCACUACGAGUCCAAGUGGACAUAUUCUCUGUGUAAUGAAUGGACACUGAAAUGCAGAGUCUCACUUUAUUGUUUGCUGUUCCUGUUUCUAUUUAUUGAAUGUUCUUUGUCAUUGGAAACACAUUUGUCAUCAUAAUUUUAUUAUUAUUAGUGACACUCCCCAGUGAAGAAAAUGUGAUCCAAAAAACUUCUAGAGAGAUCUUUAAUCCAGUCAGUAAUUACAUUUGCUAUUUUCUGACUUGGUUUAACUUGUGAGGAUUUGAUCUGUAAACCUACAUUAUAACUAUAGUUCUCUAAGUACAGGUUAGAGUUCAUUCUCUGGUAAAUAUGGAGGAAAGAAAAGGACAGUUAAUUCUCUUAGCUCAUCGUUCAACAUAUCAACAGUUCACAAUGGAAGCCUUUCACUAACAGCCUAUCUACAACAGCAGGGCAGACAAACCUACAGAAUUACAGAGCAUUAGACAAAUAUUUCUGAGUUAUUUCGAGUAGAUGUUCUAGUAUACGUGCACCAUCCCGUACAAGAAAGUCCAGAACAGGACAUAUGUGAAGAGGCCUCCGACAAGGCCUCCGGUGAAGAGCAGCCGCCGUGAUUUGAAGAAUUUGUUCCACCGCCGUCCGGCCUUGAGAAUAAGCAGCAGCGAGAGGAGAAAGGAUGAUAGGAAAUAAAA